AUUUUUAAUAAUUCGUCAAAAAUUUUAUUUAUUACAAUUAUAAUUAUUGGGACAUUAAUUACAGUUACAUCUAAUUCUUGGUUAGGAGCUUGAAUAGGUUUAGAAAUUAAUUUAUUAUCUUUUAUCCCCCUAUUAAGAGAUAAUAAUAAUUUAAUAUCUACAGAAGCUUCUUUAAAAUAUUUUUUAACCCAAGCUUUAGCUUCAACUGUUUUAUUAUUUUCUUCAAUUUUAUUAAUAUUAAAAAAUAAUUUAAAUAAUGAAAUUAAUGAAUCUUUUACAUCCAUAAUUAUUAUAUCAGCUUUAUUAUUAAAAAGUGGGGCCGCUCCUUUCCAUUUUUGAUUUCCUAAUAUAAUGGAAGGUUUAACAUGAAUAAAUGCUUUAAUAUUAAUAACUUGACAAAAAAUUGCACCUUUAAUACUAAUUUCUUAUCUUAAUAUUAAAUAUUUAUUAUUAAUUAGAGUAAUUUUAUCAGUAGUUAUUGGAGCUAUUGGAGGUUUAAAUCAGACUUCUCUACGAAAAUUAAUAGCAUUUUCUUCUAUCAAUCAUUUAGGAUGAAUAUUAAGAUCUUUAAUAAUUAGAGAAUCAAUUUGAUUAAUCUAUUUUUUUUUUUAUUCAUUUUUAUCAUUUGUAUUAACAUUUAUAUUUAAUAUUUUUAAAUUAUUUCAUUUAAAUCAAUUAUUUUCUUGAUUUGUGAAUAGAAAAAUUUUAAAAUUUACAUUAUUUAUAAAUUUUUUAUCAUUAGGGGGAUUACCUCCAUUUUUAGGAUUUUUACCAAAAUGACUUGUAAUUCAACAAUUAACAUUAUGUAAUCAAUACUUUUUAUUAACAUUAAUAAUAAUAUCAACUUUAAUUACAUUAUUUUUUUAUUUACGAAUCUGUUAUUCUGCUUUUAUAAUAAAUUAUUUUGAAAAUAAUUGAAUCAUAAAGAUAAAUAUAAUUAGUAAUAAUACUAAUAUAUACUUAAUUAUAACUUUUUUUUCAAUUUUUGGAUUAUUUAUAAUUUCUUUAUUUUAUUUUAUAUUUU